GUGGCGCUGACUCCGCGCAGCGUCGCAAGCUGAUUCUCUUCUGGACGCCCUUCUACGGUCUCCGCGACUACGGCUGGGGCGUCGGUGGCGCCCCCUUCGCCGACGGCUGUCCGCCGGGUCCCGCUCAGCGGUGCGAGGCGACCACCGAUCGCGGUGCGUUCGCUCGCAGCGACGCCGUCGUCGUCCACGCGCGCGACACGCGCCUGCGGCCGCCGGGAGGCGCCACCGUGCGGCCGGGGAUCGGUCGGCGGGCGCCGCCGGGCGCCGCCACAGUCGCUGCCACCAGACCGGCGGCGGCGCGACGGCGUACGGCGGAGGCUCGACGAGGAAGAAGACGAAGCGCUGCCAGGGGGCGCCGCGCGGCGGCAGGUCGGCGACGGCCCGCAAAGCUGACGUCCACGUCGUCGUCGAAGGACGCCAUCGUUGCGUGGAUCGUGAGCAACUGCGCGGCGAGCAGCGGCCGCGGCGCCUACGUCGCCGAGCUGCAGCGCCACCUGGCGGUGGCCGUGUACGGCGGCUGCGGCGCGCGGCAGUGCGCGCGCGGCGACGGCGCGGGCGCGUGCCGCGGCGUCGUCGAGCGCCGCCACCGCUUCCUGCUCGUCUUCGAGAACGCGAUCUGCCGCGACUACGCGAGCGAGAAGCUGUUCGAGGCGCUGCGCUGGCGAGUCGUGCCCGUCGUGAUGGGCGGCGCCGACUACGCGCGCGUGGCGCCGCCGGGGUCGUACGUCGACGCGACGCGGUACCCGGACCCGCGCGACCUGGCGGCGCUGCUGCUGCGCGUCGCCGCGGACGACGCGGCGUACGCGGAGCUUCUGCGAGCUGUGCGAGAAACUGAAUGA